CUAUAAGACAGUCCCUCUUCUGCCACUUGGAAGCCACACAUGAUCCCUUCCAUCAUAGUCAUCAUCACACGCGGCACUGCCCCGCAAGCCCCUAGUCAGCCUUCUCCCUUCCCUCUUUGUCCUCCUGAGCCGCGGUACGUUCGUUGUUCAUUCGCUGCGCCUCCAGCACCACAUAAUUGGCACUCAGCGCCAUCCCAGCCCCAAGGACGAGAUAGCCGCCGUACAGCAGCUGCUCCGUGGCGGUCUGCGCACGCCAGAUGAGGAUCAGCAUGACGAUUCCGAUGACCACAAGCGAGGCAUUCACGGUGAGGAGCACGUUGCCGACAUUGUAGCCAAAGAUUACAUCGAACAUCUCACUCCACGAUGUCAGGGCAUCCUGCUGCGCCUCAUCCCCGGCGACAUUCGACGUGCCUGCGCCAGUCGACUCCGUCUCCUCAGUCAUCUUAACCACUCACCCUCAACUCGCUGCCAUUCUUU